AUGGCGAGUAACCCUGGCGUAGGAGCCACGUCCUUCUUCGACCUUCCGCGCGAGCUUCGGGACGAGGUGUAUGGAUACAUCAUCUCUGAUCCCAAAGACUCCACUCCAGCAAAGAUGCCUGGCUACUGGGAAAACUCUACACACCUGCCGCGGCUUCAGAACACCUACCCACUGAAUGGGCUGUGGCACGACACCAACCACGGGGCCUGGCUAGCCAACAAACAGAUGGCGCGCGAACUCCAAGAGUACGAGCGCGCGGGCCACCACUACGUUGCGCACCCAGCAUCUGUGUUUAGCUCAUUGCGCCAAAAGAUCUUACCCGUUCAGCAACAGAAUAGCCUGCGCAGCCUCGAACUUCAGUUCAACACAGAGGACUCCGAGCCCGAUGACGGUACAACACUCAUGAGGAGGUCCAGAAAAUACAGCAAAAUGUAUAUGGUGGCUGGCACAGCGGUCCACAUGAUGGGCACUGUGUUGAGCGGCCCAUUCAAUACACAGUUCAACAACCUCAAGCAUCUCACCCUAAGGAUAUACAUGGACGUACCGAAAGCCUAUACCCAGAAAAUCUGCACGACUCUCUACCACCAGCUGUGCGCCAGUCACGCCAGCGUACUGACGUUCUGCAACAAUCCGCGGCCAGCGCUGGAGAGCGUAACCCUGACCUUCUCCAUGCACGACAAAGAAAAGGCCGUGACGUUCGAGGUCGGCGGUCUCGUCGCAAAGUACGACGAUACUUCGGACCGGCCGGGCACUAUCCAAAAGCAGUGGUACCGCGGCGCUGAUUUCUGGACCGUCUACAGCGACCCCGAUGUCCACGCCCACAACCUCUUGCAAGAGCUGGAUGAUCGCCUUUGGGUACGUGUCGUCAAGGCCCCGACGAAGGAUGCGGUCGAGUUCGGUCGCGCCGAGGAGAUGAUCGCAGACGCUUUCUACCAGGUUUGGCUGGAGAAGGGCAAGCCGGACGUCGCUGCCCUUAUGGACUUGAAGAAGAAGCGGGAGGCAGGAGACUUGGCUGGACUUUGA